AUCUAGAGAUGGUGAAUAACGUACCUCUUGAACCGGCCUUCUGAUAUGCUCAAAGAAUAAUUGUUAAACAAACUGUACUUCAAAAGAUAUCAUUAUUCGACAGCGGACUACGGUCAGCAGUUGUUAUCUUUUGGAAGCGAACGGAUCACAGUCAUUGUCUAGAUUCCACGGACCACUUGAGUGAAUAUGUUCCCUCUCACGUGGUGUUGCCGUUCUACUAGGAUUCGCCUCCAAGGUCAACACAGCAGAAUUUCCCGCCCACUUCCGAUUUGGAGUCGGUACUUCGGCCUACCAGAUCGAAGGAGGCUGGAACGCCGAUGGAAAAGGUGAAUCCGUUUGGGAUCGGUUAGUUCACAGCUGCCCUGGAUCGAUCCAAGAUGGCGGUACGGGUGACACCGCUUGCGACAGCUACCACCAGUGGCGUCGGGAUGUCCAGAUGGUUCAGGAGCUCGGCGUAGACAUCUACCGGUUUUCGAUCGCUUGGAGUAGAGUUCUGCCAACGGGGAAGAGGGACUCCUUGAACCGACUUGGGAUCAACUACUACAAUGGGUUGAUUGACGAACUUCUCCGGAAUGGGAUCACGCCAAUGGUGACGUUGCUUCAUAUGGAUUUGCCUCAGGCGCUGCAGGAUCUUGGGGGCUGGAUGAACUCGGACAUUGUCCGCUACUUCAGCGAGUAUGCCGAUGUGGUAUUUGCUGCCUUUGGUGAUCGCGUUCCGUUGUGGACUACGAUUAACGAACCGGCGCAUUACUGUAUGAGCGGUGAGCUGAUCGCCGAUCCGUUCGAUAGUGGGAUCAGCGAAUACCGUUGCGUGCAUAACUUGGUGAAAGCACACGCGGAAGCUGUGCAUUUGUAUCGGGAGCGGUACCAGUCUCUUCGGAAUGGUAGCAUUGGAAUUUCGUUGGGCGGGAUGUGGCUGGAACCGGAAAGUGAUUCUUUGGAUGAUCGGGAGGCCUCCGAAUGGGGUCUACAGUUCGAGAUGGGUUGGAUCGCGCAUCCAAUCUUCGUGGGAGAUUAUCCACAGGUUAUGAAGGAUCGAGUAGCGUUGAUGAGUGCGGAGCAGGGCGCUACACAGUCUAGGCUCCCAGUUUUUAGCGAAGAGGAGAUGUACCGGAUUAAGGGAACGGCAGACUUCCUGGGUUUGAACGCCUAUACCAGUUCCUUGGUGAAGAAGAAUGGGUUGAACAACCCGGCGGAACACAAAGUACCCUCGCACGAUCAUGAUUCUGGAAUCAUGAUUGGCGUUGAUCCAAGUUGGACGUCCACGGAAGCUCCGUGGAUAAAGGUUGUACCGGAGGGUUUGCGGAAACUCUUGAACUGGAUUCGGCUGGAAUACGGUAAUCCACCAGUGUGGAUAACGGAGAAUGGAGUUGCGACGGUGAUUGGAACAGUUGACGAUCGCCGCGUGGAUUAUUUGAAUGGCUACCUCGGAGCGACGUUGGAUGCGAUCCAAGAUGGCUGCAAUGUCCGUGGAUAUCUGGCGUGGAGUUUAAUGGACAACUUCGAGUGGAACUUUGGUUAUACGCUAAAAUUUGGGCUGUUCCACGUGGAUUUUGACAGCCCAAACCGGACCCGCCAUGCCAAGAUGUCCGCCAAAGUGUAUCGAAACAUAGUGCAAACCAGACAAUUUGAUGACAGAUAUCGUCCCAAACCGGAUGUGGUGAUUCCACACGUUUCUCGGGCUGCUUCGAUCUUCUGGGCGGGACUAGUGAUUGUGGCAUUUGCGGGAAUUUAUCAGUAUUGUUUGUAAAUAAAUUCGGACGACUGUUUGGUAGUUUUGAGGAAGUUCAGCAAAAUACCACGUGUUAGCGAAUAUUUCACCAGAAA